AUGGUGCUGCUGAAGAUAAAUUUCACCCUGGAGCGGCGGGUGCAUCUGGCCCAGGGCCUGUGGCUGAUGUCCUGGAUGGCAGUGAUGGGGGGCGUCAUCUUUUGUCUGGGGGUCUACCUCAAGACAGAGCUGCUCCGUAGGGCCGAGGUGAUGGACAACACGGAGAUCCACGUGGUGCCCAACAUCCUGAUGAUGGUGGGCCUGGCCUCCAUCGGCACCAACUGGGUUGCGAGUCGCGUGUGUCAGGACUCCUUGGACCCGACCCGCUUCCCGCGUUGGAAAGUUCCCCUGCUGGCGUGGUUUGCUGUAGCUGCAUUGAUCUGUUGUCUGCUCAUCGCUGUUGUGGUGCUCAGCUACGCCCUGCAGGGAAGCCUGGAGGAGUCCCUGAAGGUCGGCCUGAGGAACGGCAUUCGGUUCUACAAGGACACAGACGUGCCGGGUCGCUGCUUUCAGAAAGAGACCAUUGAUCGUCUGCAGAUGGAGUUCCGCUGUUGUGGAAACAACAACUUCAAGGAUUGGUUUGAAGUUCAGUGGGUCAGCAACAGAUACCUGAACUUCACCUCCAAGGAAGUCAAGGAUCGUAUCCGGAGUAAUGUGGACGGCCGUUACCUGUUGGACGGCAUUCCUUUCAGCUGCUGUAACCCCACCUCCCCUCGCCCCUGCCUGCGGUACCACCUGACAGAUAACAACGCCCACUUCAACUAUGAUUACCAUUCCGAGGAACUCAACCUAUACAACCGCGGAUGUAGGCAGGCGCUGACCGACUACUACAUUCAGCUGAUGAACUCAACUGGUCCUGGUGUGCUGUCAGUCAUCUUAAUACAGAUGUCAGUGCUCAUGAGUCUUCGUUACCUGCAGACGGCUGUGGAAACAGCCAUGCUUCUGGAGGACCCAGAGGCUGACAGUGAGGGUUAUUUGCUGGAGAAGGGUGUGAAAGAAACCAUUGAGGACCUCAAAAUCAAGGCCCUCACAAUGCUCAAGUUUGGGCAGGUUGACCCCAACGCCGCAGAGGAGUCCUCUGAGGCUGCAGAUGCCGAGAAAGAAGAGAAGGAUGCUCCUGCCAGUUAG